AACCAUGUAGUUUUGUGAAUGUGCAUUGUUUUUGCGAUUGCAUUAAAGAUUUCUAAAGAAAUUUUAUCUAAACAUUGAAUUAACAAAUUAAAAUUAUAAAAAUUAAAUAAAUAAUUGAAAAUCGUAAACGAAAUUUAAAAGUUUUGUAAAAUUGUUGCAAAACAAGUAAAAAUGACUUCAAUAGAACAAGCCCAAAAUAAAACUUGGGACUUGUCCCUAUAUGAGUUGCAGAGAAAACCUCAAGAAAUCAUAACAGAUAAUACGGAGAUUGCAGUCUCACCCAGAAGUCUACAUUCGGAAUUAAUGUGUCCGAUCUGUUUGGAUAUGCUUAAAAAAACAAUGACUACAAAAGAAUGUUUGCACAGAUUUUGUUCAGAUUGCAUUAUUACAGCACUACGUUCGGGCAAUAAAGAGUGUCCCACUUGUCGCAAGAAGCUGGUAUCGAAACGUUCAUUACGACCAGAUCCAAACUUUGACCUACUUAUCUCUAAAAUAUAUCCAAGUCGCGAAGAGUAUGAGGCUAUACAAGAAAAGGUUAUGGCAAAAUUCAACCAAACACAAUCACAACAAGCUUUGGUGAAUUCAAUAAAUGAAGGAAUAAAAUUGCAAUCCCAAAAUAGACCACAACGAUUUCGUACAAAAGGUAGCGGUAAUCGUGGUAAUGGUAAUGGAGGAGGUGGUAAUAAUCACAAUCAACAUGCAAACAAUGCUUCAAAUGAUAGUAAUACAAAUGGUAAUGAAAGCGAUAACCGUGAAAACUCUGCACCACCUCCGACAAAUGUACCACCCACCACCAUACAGUCAAGUACACCAACUACAGCCGCAGUACCAACGACUGUGCCUAGUACGUCGGCAAAUCGUAUGCAACAAGAUGAUGGCGCUUCCAAUCCACCAUCCGUGCGCAGCACACCGUCACCAGUACCCUCCAAUUCCAGUAGUACGAAACCAAAACGUGCUAUGUCUGUUUUAACUUCAGAACGUUCUGAAGAAUCCGAAUCUGAUUCGCAAAUGGACUGCCGCACAGAGGGUGACUCAAAUAUUGAUACCGAAGGUGAAGGCAAUGGAGAAUUGGGUAUUAACGAUGAAAUCGAAUUAGUUUUUAAGCCACAUCCAACAGAAAUGGCUGGAGAUAAUCAGCUGAUGAAAGCUUUAAAAGAGAAUUGCAUACGAUAUAUAAAAACUACAGCUAAUGCUACAGUGGAUCAUCUCAGCAAAUAUCUUGCUAUGCGUUUGACUUUAGACUUGGGAUCAGAGUUAUCUGAAGCAUAUCGUUUGUUAAAUUUUUGUAUUUAUAUUGCACCACAGCCACAGCAAUUGGUUAUUUUGAAUGGAAAUCAGACGUUACAUCAAGUAAAUGAUAAAUUUUGGAAGACAACCUCCCUACAGGUGAACAAACCGAUGGAGAUGUAUUAUUCCUGGAAACAAUCCUAGGGCAUAAAGAACGUUAGCCGAUCGCAAAAUAAGGACUUAUAAUAGUGAAUGUAAAGAAUGAACAUUUGGAUUGUGUCCCCAACGCAAUAGUUACAUUUUCCUUGAAAAGAUCUUAACUUUAGGUAGUAUAUAUUUCUAUAUAUAGUCUAAUCUUCCACAAAUAUAACAACUAGAAUAACAGAAGUUCAGUAUUUUCUAUGAAACACUUGAUUUAAAAAUUUAAAAUAAUAAUUAUAGCUGACUUAAA